AUGGAGAAAAAAUGGACAUACUGUGCUAUCUAUUCCAUCAUCCAGAUGCAUUUUGCCAGGGGAGUAUGGGAGGGAAUAUUCAAUGCAGAAGACAUUUAUGCUGUACCUGGCUCUGAUAUCAACCUGACCUGCCAAGCACAGAAGAAAGGCUUCUUGGUGCAGAUGCAAUGGUCCAAGGUCACUAAUAAGGUGGACAUGAUUGCUCUUUAUCAUCCCCAACACGGCUUCUACUGUGCCCAUGGGAAUCCCUGUGAGUCACUGGUGGUUUUUACAGAAACUCCUGGGAAUGUGUCAAAAUUGACACUGCGUUUAAGGAAUAUAUCUUCCUCAUUUGGUGGAAAGUACGUGUGUAGUUUUACUCUAUAUCCGGAGGGCAUUCAGACGAAAACCUACAACCUUCUCAUUCAGACACAUGUUACACAGGAUGAAUGGAGAAGCAACCACACAAUAGAAACAGAGAUAAAUCAGACUCUGGAAAUACCAUGCUUUCAAAAUAUCUCCUCAAAAAUUUCAUCUGAGUUCACCUUUGCAUGGUUGGUGGAGGAUAAUGGAACUCAGCACACACUUAUCACCCAAGAUCAGCCCAUCAGCAAUUCCACGUUAUUUAAAGGCAGAGUCAAGCUAGGCACAGAUUAUGGACUCCACCUCUCUCCAGUCCAAAUCCACGAUGAUGACCGGAAGUUCUCUUGCAGCAUCAGAGUCAGGCCUGGCAAGAUCUUGAGGAGUUCCACCGUUGUCAAGGUUUUUGCUAAGCCAGAAAUCCCCAUGAUUGUGGAAAAUAACUCCAUGGAUGUCUUGGGAGAGAGAACAUUUACCUGCUCACUAAAGAAUGUAUUUCCCAAAGCAAAUCUCACGUGGUUUCUCAAUGGAAGGCUUCUUAAAGGUGAGAAAGAAGAAAUAUACAUUACUAAUGAAGAGAGAAAAGGCAAAGGUGGAUUUUUGGAACUGAGGUCCGUUUUGACAAGGGUGGGUAGUAAUAAACUAGCCCAGACAAACAACCUGACCAUUUGGUGCAUGGCUCUGUCUCCAGCCCCCAGAAAUAAAGUGUGGAAUAUCUCAUCAGAAAAGAUCACUUUUUCUUUGGGUUCUGCGAAUCCCCCAACAGAUCCUCCACUCAGUGUUACAGAAUCUGGCACCAGCACCCAACCUUCCCCAGCCAACAGCAUAUCUCCUGCAACAUCUCCAGCUACAUCUUCAAUGGCUCUUGUAGAUGUGAGUGCGUUGAGGCCAAAUGCCACCUCUUUGACCAGCAAUUCCACUGUGACUACCCAAGGCUUCAACCACUCCUGGACUUCCAGUGGGAUAGAUACCAAAAAAUCAAUUUCAUGGAUACCCAAUGAAACAUACAGUUCAUCCCCCUCGGGUGCAGGCUUAACACUUCAUGAUGGUGUCUUCGCCAGAACAAUGAGAGCAUUUUCAGAAGUCCCCACAACUGCCAAUGGAUCUACUGAAAAUAAUCAAGUCCUUAUCACCAGUGUUGUGGUUAAUAAGCCCCAAGACGGAAUGUCCUGGCCAGUGAUUAUAGCAGCUUUGCUCUUUUCCUGCAUGGUACUUUUUGGUCUUGGAGUGAGAAAAUGGUGUCAAUACCAAAAAGAAAUCAUGGAGAGACCCCCACCUUUCAAGCCACCACCACCUCCUAUCAAGUACACUUGUAUUCAAGAGCCCAUUGGAAGUGAUCUGCCUUGCCAUGAGAUGGAGACACUCUAG